AUGUCUCUCCACCAGCUGACAGGGUCAGCGUCCCGCUCAAAGACGAACCCCGAACAAGGACGCCGAGCGCUCCCGCUCCUCUCAGCCUCUGUCCCCAGCCUCGUCCCCAGCCUCUCAGCCUCCAUCUCCCAGCCUCGUCCUCCAGCCUCUCAGCCUCCAUCUCCCAGCCUGGUCCCCAGCCUCUCAGCCUCGUCCCCCAGCCUCGUCCCCCAGCCUCUCAGCCUCUGUCCCCCGCCUCUGUCCCCCAGCCUCUCAGCCUCCAUCUCCCAGCCUCGUCCUCCAGCCUCUCAGCCUCCAUCUCCCAGCCUCGUCCCCCAGCCUCUCAGCCUCGUCCCCCAGCCUCGUCCCCCAGCCUCUCAGCCUCUGUCCCCAGCCUCUCAGCCUCCAUCUCCCGGCCUGCGUCCCCAGCCUCUCAGCCUCUGUCCCCCAGCCUCGUCCCCCAGCCUCCGUCCCCAGCCUCUCAGCCUCUGUCCCCAGCCUCUCAGCCUCCAUCUCCCAGCCUCUCAGCCUCUGUCCCCUAGCCUCUCAGCCUCCAUCUCCCAGCCCUGCGUCCUCCAGCCUCUCAGCCUCCAUCUCCCCGCCUCGUCCCAGCCUCUCAGCCUCGUCCCCAGCGCCUCGUCCCCAGCCUCUCAGCCUCGUCCCCAGCCUCUCAGCCUCCAUCUCCCAGCCUCGUCCCCAGCCUCUCAGCCUCGUCCCCCAGCCUCGUCCCCCAGCCUCUCAGCCUCUGUCCCCCAGCCUCUCAGCCUCCAUCUCCCAGCCUCGUCCCCAGCCCCUCAGCCUCUGUCCCCCAGCCUCGUCCCCAGCCUCGUUCCCCAGCCUCUCAGCCUCUGUCCCCCAGCCUCUCAGCCUCCAUCUCCCAGCCUCUCAGCCUCUGUCUCCCAGCCUCGUCCCCCAGCCUCUCAGCCUCUGUCUCCCAGCCUCUCAGCCUCUAUCUCCCAGCCUCUCAGCCUCUGUCUCCCAGCCUCGUCCCCCAGCCUCGUCCCCAGCCUCUCAGCCUCGUCCCCCAGCCUCUCAGCCUCUGUCUCCCAGCCUCGUCCCCCAGCCUCUCCGGCCUCGUCCCCCAGCCUCGUCCCCAGCCUCUCAGCCUCUGUCCCCCAGCCUCUCAGCCUCCAUCUCCCAGCCUGGCCCCCAGCCUCUCAGCCUCCAUCUCCCAGCCUCGUCCCCAGCCUCUCAGCCUCUUUCCCCCCCCCGCCGCGUCCCCAGCCUCCGGUCCCCCAGCCUCUCAGCCUCUGCCCCCAGCCUCUCAGCCUCCAUCUCCCAGCCUCGUCCCCAGCCUCUCAGCCUCGUCCCCCAGCCUCUCAGCCUCUGUCUCCCAGCCUGCGUCCCCCAGCCUCUCAGCCUCGUCCCCCAGCCUCGUCCCCCAGCCUCUCAGCCUCUGUCCCCAGCCUCUCAGCCUCCAUCUCCCAGCCUCGGUCCCCCAGCCUCUCAGCCUCGUCCCCCCCCCCCCAGUCGCCGCCCGCCGCUCUCAGCCUCUGUCCCCCAGCCUCUCAGCCUCCAUCUCCCAGCCUCGUCCCCCAGCCUCUCAGCCUCGUCCCCCAGCCUCUCAGCCUCUGUCCCCCAGCCUCUCAGCCUCCAUCUCCCAGCCUCGUCCCCCAGCCUCUCAGCCUCUGUCCCCCAGCCUCGUCCCCAGCGUCCGUCCCCCAGCCUCUCAGCCUCUGUCCCCCAGCCUCGUCCCCAGCCUCUCAGCCUCCAUCUCCCAGCCUCGUCCCCCAGCCUCUCAGCCUCAUCCCCCAGCCUCUCAGCCUCUGUCUCCCAGCCUCGUCCCCCAGCCUCUCAGCCUCGUCCCCCAGCCUCGUCCCCCAGCCUCUCAGCCUCUGUCCCCCAGCCUCGUCCCCCAGCCUCUCAGCCUCCAUCUCCCAGCCUCGUCCCCCAUCCUCUCAGCCUCCAUCUCCCAGCCUCGUCCCCCAGCCUCUCAGCCUCUGUCCAUCAGCCUCUCAGCCUCUGUCCCCCAGUGUCCAGAAAAAAGUUUAA